UGAUCAACUGAACAGCACAAAGCAGAAGAAAUUAGAGCAAGUGGCGGAAGACUUAGCGCUAUGUGAUUUAUCACCACCUAGGCUUGAGGACACUGGAUGUUUGUUCAGUACAAGCAUGGCAGUACUCGCUGACACUCCAGUAAAAAAAAAUACUAGUAUGCCCACUUCCUCUCCACGACCAUCACCUCCAGUCACGCCAAGACGAUUUUCCCAAAGACACCAAUACCAGUGCUGUAAUCAUCAGCAAGAGUUGUUUAGUUUGAGAGCGUCGGUUACCAGCCUAGAGUAUUGGUGCAAACAGAUGUGGGAUGAUUUAGCUUCUGUUAAAACUGAAUUGGCGAACCUGAAGCAGGCAAACAUUUGCAGUACACCCAGGCAUACUGGUACACAGGAUAGCAGCAAGCCUGUUGGAUCUCCAAACAGCACAAUCAAUGUACUACAGACUACCCCCAUGUCUAGUGCAUCAGCAUCAGCUAGUGCUGCUUCCUCUAUUGGAACAUAUCGAGGUUACACCAAGAGUCAAGUAGUGGCUGAAAUUGCGCUGUGCAAAAAUUACAAGAAGGCCACAGCAAAGGUGUUCCGAAUGCUGUUCAACAAGGAGGAGGUGCAGGGAAGAUCUCUAAGUGGUCAGAGGGGAAACAGUGGCGAUGCAAGACCACAAAUUGAAGACAGGCAAAAACUGUCCUUUUUACAAGAAUGCAUCAUGGAGGGUUUCCCAGCAUGCUCAAAAGACUCUAUCAACAUCGUGUUAAGACACUUGUUGAAGCCAUCAAGAAACAAUUUAAAUGAUAAUUAAUAUGUAUAUUUCUGUGUUUUUUUAUGUCCCUCAGUCUGUACAGGGGACAUAUUGUUUUUGCCCUGUCUGUUUGUUUGUUUGCGUCAAACUUUAACUUUUGCCAUAUUGAAGAUAGGAACUUGAUAUUUGGCAUGCAUGUGUAUCUCGUGGAGCUGCAUAUUUUGAGUGGUGAAAGGUGAAGG